AUGGCAACACGGUCGCCCUCGCCACAGUGUCACGCGACACCCACACAACCCCGGAAACCUUCCACCAGAACAGUCGCUCAACGAAAAGUUUACGGCAAGAAGAGGAACAAUGCCCCCAGAGCAGUAUUCGAUCCAAAGAGUCCAGCAAGAGCUGUUACUCGCUUUCAACAACCGAAUGACGGGGUAGAAGCCAUCCAGGCCAAGUUGGCCGAGGUGUCCAUCGAGGACAAGCCAGUUUCUGUCCAGGAGGCCAUAAUUCCACCACCAACCAAAAUUCCAGACGAACAAACCAAAAACCUGAAGAUUAAACACGAUGGACCGACAAGCCAGCCUUCUCCGAGACCUGUGCGCAACCCAGUCAAGAAGCCCUCCGCCGAGGCCCCCGAGAAAAAGAAAUACCAGACGAUGUUGGAGGUACGAAUUGAUAACCGCGAGAGACAACCAGCGAGCACGAGAGCCAACGGAAAGACUGAAGUGAAGGCUGAAGUGAAGGCUGAAGAGAAGACCGAAGAGAAGGCCGCAGAGAGAGCCGAAGAGAAGACCGAAGAUAAGACCGAAGCUCUACCAUCAAGGGAAAGAACAGCACGGAAGAAGACACCUGCACCACGAAGAUCCUCGGGGUAUGUCCACGACGCCAAGGCCAACGCCUACGUUCGACCCAUUCUUAACGAAGCAUUAUCACCGCUAUCAUCACAAGACAUCCAAAGAUUCGGCACCUGGGCCUCACGUUCCGCCACCAUGUUUCAUGUCGCGAAGCUAGCAGAAGGAUCAUAUGGAGAGGUUUACAAAUUACAUUUACGCGAAGAAGGCAGUCGACCGGCAGUUUCAAAGUCCAAAUUGGCGAAACUAAGUGCGUACGGAGACGGGGUGUUCAAAGUGGUACCACUGAAUGCGAAGAGUGGCCCAGGCUCCAAGAAAUUCACCAGCAUCGACGAGAUCGUCUCGGAAGUGAAGAUGCUCAAGUACCUAGAUCCCAUCCCCGGAUUUGCCCGAUUCCGAGAGAUUCACGUCGUGCAGGGUCGCUUCCCGGAGUCUUUCCAGACUGCCUGGGACCACUACAAGAAGACCAAGGAUGACUGUAUGAACCCGAACCCGGCGAAUAAGAAGGCGUAUCCGGAAACUCAAUUAUGGGCGAUCAUUGAGAUGGAUGAUGCGGGGUGCGAAUUGGAGAAAUUCAGCUGGUCGUCUAUCUUCCAGAUCUAUGACAUUUUCUGGGGCGUCGCGAUGGCUUUGGCUCGUGCGGAGGAGUAUGCUCUAUUUGAGCACCGUGAUCUUCACUUGGGAAACGUCUGUAUUCGAUCUACCCGGCCAGAUGGUUCGAUGCACUCACCCACAGAUAUGGAGAUUGCUCGCCAGCAGUCUCCCAGUGGAUUCGGGAUCAGUACCCUAGAGACGACUAUUAUCGAUUACUCCCUCUCUCGAGCCGACCUACGCUUAGCAGAUCUCCCUGAUGACCCAGAGGGCAUUAUUGAGAAUGCCUCCUCAGACUUGGAUAAAAAGCAAAUUUUCGAUGCCAUUGGCCAAGACGAGGACGAGAUUUUGCUGAGAGACACUUAUAGACAUAUGCGCGCAACCGUCUAUACGGGAAACCCAUCCCAAACCGAGAAGACACCUGACAUCCCCGGAAUCUGGGCAGAGUAUGCACCGCGUACCAACCUAGUCUGGUUACUUUUCAUCUUGAAGAACCUAUUGAAGAACAGAAAGCCCGAAGCUCCCCAGCCUGCAUCAGCGCCGCCGCAACGGAAGGCCUUGGCCCCUUGCUCUCCCAACCGGGGUGUUGAAAGACAAUCAGUCACGGGCAAAGCGACCAAGCAAAAAGACCCAAGUGUGACUGGAGCUAUUAUAAAAGAACGGCAGACCAAGGAUCUGCAAACUGGCAUAGCACAGCUCAAGAAAACCCUCGAAGAUAGACUCGGUGCUGUGCUCAAUCUUUUGGACCUGGAAGAUGGUCAUGAGGAUAUGUGUUGUGCGGCUGAUCUGGUUGCUUACGCCAUGGACUCACAAUGGCUGGCUGAACAAGACUUUUUCUAA